AUGAGUCAGCGGAUCCUGUGCUUCGUUCCACCGAUUGCGCCCAUUCGUUUCAUCCGAUGGAAACAUACUGCCAUCACCAACAGAGGAAAAGGUCUCGGGAACCUGCAUGAGGAAGUUAACAGACGGUUCACUCAGCGAAUACUGGAAAGAUUACAUCGAUGGGAUGGAGUGAAUGGAAACGAUUGGUUCAUGAUCUACCGAGAUAAUCAUCCCUCACGUUUUGUUCUACUUGUUACCAUAGCAGUACCUGUGAUCGGCUUCCUAACAUCAGAAAAUUGUAUAGCUGACGUCAAAGAUGGUCGACUAUUGGAUGCUUUUAAGGAUACUAAUAUAGUUCGACAGAUGGGAAUUCUUGUUGUACUUCCAAUGUUUUCUUUAUUGCUGGUGACAUAUCUGGCAUGGCACCUCAAUGCCAUUCGAAUUCAUCGUAUUUAUGUCAAUAAAAAAGAACAGAAAACAUUUAUCGCGGUCAUUUCCCAUUGUGGCAUAUUUACUCGAAAGAUACCUUUCACAAGACACAACAUUCGAAUACUGGAAAGUGCUGGUCAUCAGCUAUGGUCAUUUGUGAAAGGUUCUAUCAAAAUUAACAAACAUCGCUUUAUGCUUAACGAUGAAGGGUUCCGGGACAUCCAAUAUCGACAUUUGAUGUUGGGGCGAAAUACGAAAUCGCUUGCCACUGCCGAUAAGAUGACAUGCAUUUGCUAUUUGUUAAGGAACAAUGAUGAGGACUUAUAUUAUUAUCAUAAGGAUUCCUAUUCUUUCCAGAACCCGUGCUUCUCCGCUAUGCUGUUCGUAUAUGACGAAUCGCUUAAGGAAAGUGUUAAUGUUUCCAGUUAUCAUGCUAUUCCUGUUUAUUUGAUCGCUGCAACUUAUGAUAAUUUGGAUACUUUAGAUAUUUAUCGUCCAGCACAUGACUUCAUCAUUAACAUCGAUUUCAAUAUCAUAACGAAUAUCCACAUACUACACGAUUAA